AUGAGGGCUCAUAAUGACACGUGGUUUGCAGAUUACUUGCUAAGGGUCGGCAAUGGCACUGAGGAUGUGGACGAUCAAGGCAACAUACUACUCCCUGAAGAUAUUUGUCUGCCGUCUACAGGCGAGGUUGACGACCUGGAGAAACUUAUUGACCACGUGUUUCCGAGUCUAGAUGACAACAUGUCUGAUUCCAAUUACAUGACAUCUCGAGCAAUCCUUUCCACGACAAACGACAAUGUCGACAAGAUAAACAUCCGCAUGAUAGACCGUUUUCAUGGAGAUGAAGUAAUCUACCAUAGCUUUGACAUUGCAGAGGACGACUCAUAUGGCUACUACGCUCAGGAGUUUCUUAAUGGAUUGACUCCUAAUGGUCUUCCUCCGCAUGCACUCAAGCUAAAGUUGAACUGCCCUGUCAUACUUCUAAGGAACAUUGAUCCAGCUAAUGGACUGUGUAACGGCACUAGGCUUGUUGUAAGAGGUUUUGAGAGGAACACCAUUGAUGCAGAAAUCGUGAUUGGUCAACACGCUGGCAGGAGGGUCUUCCUUCCUCGAAUACCUCUCUGCCCAUCUGAAAACGACAUGUUUCCGUUCAAGUUUAAGAGAAAGCAAUUUCCUAUAAGGCUUAGCUUUGCUAUGACCAUUAACAAGGCUCAAGGGCAGACCAUACCGAUAGUUGGUGUCUACCUACCCAAUCCCGUGUUCUCUCAUGGUCAGCUCUAUGUUGCUUUGUCUCGAGCCACCGCGAAGAGAAACAUAAAGAUACUCAUUCAGAAGGAGAAGCCGAAGGAGAAGGCCAACAAGCUAAAGGACAAUCCAAAGAAGCGAAAAAGACCGACUGUGUCCUUACUGACCUCGAUGAAGAACAUCGUCUACAAGGAAGUCCUUACAGGCUGA